AUGAGCACGGAUCUAGAGCGCAUGUCGCUCAACUCCUCCUCGGCCAACUCUGUGGCCUCGAGUGCCCGCACGCUGUCAGCCAACGUCAAGAAGCUGCACAACGCCCUCAACCUGCUGCUUAACGACUUGGAGCGGGAGCAGUUCAUUCACUGCCUCAACGUGUACCACUCCAAGCGUAAUGUCUACGACCUGGUUCAAACCCUCAAAGUCAUUCUCAAUGCGCCCAGCAAACGCCAACUUCUGCCCAUGCUACGGCUGGUCAUUCCCCGCUCCGACCAGCUUUUGUUUGACCAGUACACCUCGGAGGGCCUUUACUUGAAAUCUGAUUUACUUGCCAGGAAUGGGAGCGCCGAAGCGCCUCCAGGAGAGGUCCGACAGGUGACCCUGAAACGGCACAAGAGCAACGAGGGCUUGGGUUUCAGUAUCCGCGGCGGCUCAGAGCACGGGGUCGGAAUCUAUGUGUCUCUGGUGGAGCCAGGAUCCCUGGCCGAGAAAGAGGGACUGAGGAUUGGGGAUCAGAUUAUGAAAGUCAACAGCACAGUGUUCGAUAAAGUCACUCACGCUGAAGCGGUGAAGGUGUUGAAGGGCAGUAAGAAGCUGUCCCUGUCGGUGCAGUCGGUGGGGCGUAUCCCGGGGGGUUAUGUCACUAACCAUGUGUACACCUGGGUGGACCCUCAGGGUCACAGUGUCCCCCCUCCCCCUGACCUCCCAGAGCACCGCAGUGCCACCCUGAGACGCACCGACAGCCAACGACGCAGCACCAUGCAGAUACUGCAGGAGGGAGAUGAGAAGAAGGUGAACCUGGUAUUGGACGAUGGCCGUUCACUAGGUCUCAUGAUCCGGGGUGGGGCAGAGUAUGCCUUGGGGAUCUACAUCACCGGAGUGGACCGGGGUUCUGCUGCAGAGUGUAGUGGACUUAAGGUGGGCGACCAGAUCCUGGAGGUGAACGGGUGCAGCUUCCUGGGCAUCCCCCAUGACGAGGCGGUGCGCGUGCUAAAGUCAUCGCGCCACCUGAUAAUGACUGUGAAGGACGUGGGGCGCUUGCCACAUGCCAGGACAGUAGUGGGGGAGACCAAGUGGAUUGCCAGCUCCCAAAUCGCUGAGAGCUCCGCCAGCAGCAGUGUGGCUGGAUGCCCUCAAUCUCACACAAAUUAUCAAGGAACCCACCAGCCGGUGUUCUAUAAGGGUAUGGCUGGCUCCCAGGUGACCCUGUCCAGCCUGGUGAACCAGAGCAGAGCCGUGCUGGAGGAACAGGCCCGCCACCUGCUGACUGAGACAGAGAGGCAGACCAUGGGCUACUACGUGGAGGAGUACCGAGACGGACACAUAGAGGUGGAGCAGCUGGUCUUGGCCCUGUUUGAACUGCUCAACACACAUGCCAAGUUCGCCCUGCUAUCAGAGGUGCGUGGCCUGGUAACUCCCCAGGAUCUGGAGCGUUUCGAUGGGAUGGUGCUGCGCCGCGGGAUCCAGGCUUUGGAGGCUCGGCAGGGGUGUGCCAGUGCAGCCGCCCUCCACUCUGACUCCAUCUCUAUGGUCUCCUAUCCAGAUACCCUGGCCUCCUCGUCAGCCAGCUACAUGACCUCCACCACCCUCAGCUCUGCACGGAAUGACAGUAUGGUGGACAGUAAUGGGGAGGAGUCUCAAGAGAGUCUGGAUGUACUGCCUGACGUCUCUCUGGAUGAGGUGCAUUCCACAUCCGAAUCUCCCCCCACCUUCAAACCCCCAUCCCCUCCAGGGCUGCAGAGGCAUCCCAGCAGACGAGACCAGGUCAAAAAACGCCCUUCCUCCAAAUCCUCCUAUUCUGGACUCUACUUCACCGCCCCUGCCCAUAACCCACCCAAGGACCAGAGGGGGGACCGAGGGUCCCCCUCCUCACCCAAGGUCCCCCUCCAAAAGGAUUUCUCCGUCCCCCAUAAGAGGGACCCCUCUGUCCCCCAUAAGAAGGAGAUGGCAACUGCCAAGUUUUCCAUGGUCAACAAGCACGCCAUAGGCCCCUUCCCUAGAGUCCAGUCCCCUACUAAGACCACCAAACCUGCCGCCCCCUCCCCAUAUCUACCACCUCCCCAUCCACUCCCUGCCCCAUCCACACCCCCUCCCCUUCCACACAGCCCGGACAAGGCCUCCUCUGGCUUCAACAAACAGCACUUUGUCAUGGUGGAGGUCCACAGACCCAAUGCAGAGUCUGGCGUCAACGAGGUGCGGUCCCUGCCCCAGUCACGAGGUUCCACCCUGUCCCAGCUGUCAGACAGUGGACAGACACUGAGCGAGGACAGCGGGGUGGACAUUAGCGAGUCGGGGCGAGUCAGCAGGGAAAGCAGUCCCCACAUACGCCCCCCACGAGACCCCCAGGGGGCAGGAGGGGACAGCACCUCCAAACCGCCGGGUCUCUUGGAGCCCACCUCCACACUGGUGAGGGUGGCAAAGAGUGCCAGCACCCUGGGCAUCGCCAUCGAAGGGGGUGCCAACACUCGCCAGCCCCUGCCACGCAUCGUCACCAUACAGAGGGGCGGUUCGGCACACAACUGCGGGCAGCUGCAGGUGGGUCAGGUAAUCCUGGAGGUAAACGGGGUUUCCCUGAGGGGCCGGGAGCACAGGGACGCAGCGCGCCUCAUCGCUGAGGCUUUCAAGACCAAAGAGAGAGAACACGUGGACUUCCUGGUCACGGAGUUCAACGUGGCACUGUAG